CGCCUUUCUCCACUUCUCCUCCUCUUCUUCUUCAAUUCCUUCUUCCUUCUUCCCCGACGAGCGGCGCCCAACCGCCAUGGGCAACUGCCUCAACCCGGCCUCCAAGGCGCGCCGCCACGGCGGCAUGCCGCCGCCGGAGGACAUGGACGAGGAGGAGGGGUGGUGCUACGCGACGCCCGAGCCGGCCUCCGCCACUGCCACCGCCACGACGACGAUCGGACACCUGCUGAGGGAAGAAGAACCGGCAGAGGAGGAGGAUGAAGAGGAGACGGCUGCAUCGGCGGCGGCGGCGGCGGCGGCGGCGGCGGGGGUGAAGGUGAAGGUGGUCCUGAAGCGCGCCGAGCUGGAGUGGCUCAUGUCCCAGCUCAAGACCGGCGACCGCCGCCUCGAGGACGUCCUCAACCAGAUGGCCACCGCCCGCGCCCUCUCCUCCGCCCUCUCCGCCGCGCCGCCACCCCCUCCCCACCGCGCCGGCGACGGGUGGCGCCCGCGGCUCGAGUGCAUCCUCGAGUGCCACGAGCUCGCCGCCACCUGACCUUUCUAAUUCCAUCUCCUCCUCCUCCUCCAUAUAUAUGUGUGUUUCUUGCUCGCCGCUGCUUGGAUCAGCGUCGGUGGCAUGCAUGCGUCCAAGUUGUUUUCCUGACUUGCUUCAAUUCUUUCCUCAAGGCAAAUUAAAGGGAAGAUGAAGCAGUCAGUCAGUGACCCUGUUAGAAGGCAAACAACAACAGCUUUGUUUAAUUAGCUGAGGUGAUGUAGGAUCAUAUCAUAUCAUAUCAAACACUUAAUACUAUUACUCUAUAGUCUAUAGAGCUAGCAGAUCUUUGAUCUAGUGUGUGUGGUGUUGCUUGACAGAUUAGCUUUCUUUUUUCUUGUUUCUUUUUUUGUUUUAUAAUCUUCUCUUUUUCUUUAUCUUGUUGUUGUUGUUGUCCACUUUGCCAUGUGGUGUGCUCCAUUUCUGUUUCUGUUUUGUACAUACUUGUGAUGGGAUGGCAAAAUCACAGAUCAAAAGCUGUAACUUUAUCAGGUUUUGGAUCUGGUUGUUUAUACAGCUAAUUAAAUCGGUGUGUGCUUGGGAUCAUUAA